GACUUCCGGUAGCUAAGGCAGUCUGCCGGAAGCGCCGGGAUCCUAUGUAGGUCUCCGUGUGUCCAGCUCAGAGCGGUGUCCCGACCCACAGCAAGGAAACAAGAUGUCGUCCCCACAGGUCCCGGAGGACGGGCAGGGCAGUGGCGACAGCGGCGAUCCCUCCGGGGACCUCCGUAGCGUCCUGGUCACCAGCGUGCUCAGCCUUGAGCCGCUAGACGAGGAUCUCUUCAGAGGAAGGCAUUACUGGGUACCCACCACCCAGCGGCUCUUUGGGGGUCAGAUCGUGGGCCAGGCCCUGGUGGCUGCCGCCAAGUCUGUGAGUGAAGACAUCCACGUGCACUCCCUGCACUGCUACUUUGUCCGGGCAGGAGACCCAAAGGUGCCUGUGCUGUACCAGGUGGAGCGGACACGAACAGGGUCGAGCUUCUCGGUGCGCUCCGUGAAGGCCGUGCAGCAUGGCAAGCCCAUCUUCAUCUUCCAGGCCUCCUUCCAGCAGACCCAGCCCAGCCCUGUGCAGCACCAGUUCUCCAUGCCUGCUGUGCCGCCACCAGAAGAGCUGCUUGACCACCAGGCCCUCAUUGACCAGUAUUUAAGGGACCCUAACCUCAAAGAGAAGUACCGAGUGGGGCUGAACCGAAUUGCUGCCCAGGAGGUACCCAUUGAGAUCAAGCUGGUAAAUCCACCCACCCUGAGCCAGCUGCAGAGAAUGGAGCCCAAACAGAUGUUCUGGGUGCGAGCCCGGGGCUAUAUUGGGGAGGGCGACAUCAAGAUGCACUGCUGCGUGGCCGCUUAUAUCUCAGAUUAUGCUUUCCUGGGCACGGCACUGCUGCCCCACCAGUGGAAACAUAAAGUGCACUUCAUGGUCUCUCUAGACCACUCUAUGUGGUUCCAUGCCCCCUUCCGAGCCGACCACUGGAUGCUGUAUGAGUGCGAGAGCCCCUGGGCCGGUGGCUCUCGGGGGCUAGUCCACGGGCGGCUGUGGCGUCGGGAUGGGGUCCUGGCUGUGUCCUGUGCCCAGGAAGGCGUCAUCCGAGUAAAGCCCCGAGUCUCAGAGAGCAAGCUGUAGCCAGAGGUAUCAGCUUGCCUGGGUCUUCAAGGAUCUCCCUUCUACCACCAUUCCUGAGGUGGGGCUAUGUGGAGGGCUGGACCUUCUGCCCCUCACACUUAAUAAAGAGACUGACACCAUU